AUAGCGUUCCAGAAGCGUCUCAAACAUAUAUACUAUCAAACUCCCACCGAGAAUAUCAUCGUUCUUUUUUUAUGGAAAUUCGAGCAUUUCACUAAAAUUGUGUUCAAAUCAACUUCAAUAACAUAACAGUAUACUGGGCCUCACAAAAACAAACCUUCAUAAUGCCAGUCCCCGUUGAGACAGCUACUCCCUCGACAAUUCGAGGAGGCCACGAGCAAUCCCGUCCACGCAUUCCCAAGCCUCUAGAAUAUUCCGGCAGCUUGGACUCGUACCCUCAUAGCGAUCUGACCCCAGUCAUCGGCACGGAAUAUAGUGAGAUUCAAGUCGCGGAGAUCCUGAAAUCAGAACAACGCGAUCGGUUGAUCACAGACCUUGCUGUAACGAUUUCGAAACGAGGUGUUUUGUUCCUGCGCAACCAAGAUGUAACACCCCAGCAAAUGAAGGAAUUCGGAGAGCGAUUGACCGUUCUCGCAGGAUGCCCCGAGUCAUCCGGACUGCACGUCCACCCUCUCACAGAAGAAGGAAGCGAACUAGGUGACCAAAUCAGCGUCAUCAGCAGCGAGAAGCAGAAGAAGGGAGGCGGUCUCACCCACCAGCUUAGCGACACCAGCCGAUUCGCAUCUGUCGGAUGGCACACAGACAUCAGUUUUGAACACGUCCCCUCGGACUAUGCGAUGCUGAAGAUUCACACCCUCCCUGCGACAGGGGGAGACACGCUCUGGGCAUCGGGGUACGAGAUCUAUGAUCGUCUUUCGCCAGAUAUGGCGGCUUUUCUGGAGACGUUGACGGCGACGCACGAUGCCACGUUCUUUCACGAUGAGGCUAGACGACUGGGGAAUCCGCUUCGGAAGGGAAUUCGAGGGUCGCCGCUCAAUUCGGGCGAGGACUUGACCGCGGUGCAUCCCGUGAUCAGGACCAAUCCGGUCUCCGGGUGGAAGUCAGUAUACGUGAACAAGGGCUUCACCAAGAGAAUCAACGGAGUCACGAAAGAUGAGUCGGAUAUGUUGCUGAAUUACUUGUUCAAUCUUGUGACUCAAAACCAUGACGCUCAAGUCCGGUUCAGAUGGAGCAAGAAUGAUAUGGCGAUCUGGGAUAACCGGUCGACCUGGCACUGCGCGACGUAUGACUAUGCCGAAGCUCGAGCCGGAGACCGGGUCUGUAGUCUGGGCGAAGCACCAUAUCUAGACCUGCAGUCGAAAUCGAGGAAGCAGGCACUUGGGGAAGCUUAGAUAAUGUUUAGUG